CGAUGCUUCCUCUACUGCGAUUGCAGCGAGCGCGCCGCGAAGAAUGGCUUCUACGAAGGUCGAUGGAGGAGCGGCGGCAGUGGGUAAGCCGGUGAUUGUGGUGGCGGUCGACGACAGCGAGUACAGCUUCCACGCGCUCCGGUGGACGCUCCUCCGUUUCUUCUCCUCGGCUGCCGCUGGCUCCACAUUGCCCUUCAAGCUAGUGGUCGUCCACGCCAGGCCCGCGCCGACCUCCAUCAUCAGCCUCUCUGCAACCGGAGCGCCGGACAUGCUGUCAGUCGUGAAGGCCGAUCUGACCAAGAUCUCGUUGCAGGUGAUCGCUAAAGCCAAGGAGAUGUGCCUUGCCCAUUCGGUCCGGGAUGUUGAGUGUGAAGUGCUCGAGGGAGAUGCCAGAAUCGUUCUAUGCCAAGCAGUGGAGAAGCAUCAUGCAGAAAUAUUGGUUAUGGGAAGCCAUGGAUAUGGAGCAAUCAAAAGGGCUGUUCUAGGUAGCGUCAGCGAUUACUGUGCUCACCAUGCGGAUUGCAAUGUGAUGAUAGUGAAAAUGCCCAAGCAAGAUUGUUUGCCCAUGGGCAAACAAUUUGGGAUGUCAACUUUGCCGUACGUAUUUUCUCCUCAACCAUUGGUCAUGCCUUUGAAUGAAUCAAGAAGGGCUAGUGUCGAUGCAUCUGUAUGCAACAAAGAACCCGUAACACCAUCAUCUAUUCUAGGAACUCAGUGGCCAUCACACUCAUCACACAUAGAGCACGAAUACGAACCAGUGAGAGAUGACUCAAAACGAACAGUUUGGUCUUCCGAUGAAGAUGUGAUCCUUGCGAAGUCAUGGGCCACUAUCAGCACCGAUGCAGUGAUUGAUAAUGAUCAGAAGGAUCAAGCUUUUUGGAAACGUAUCACUAAUUACUACAACAAACAUCGGCCUGCUGGAACUGUGCCGAGAAUUUGGAAACGACUAAAAUCACAUUACUAUAAGUUCAUGCCGAUGGUGAAUGAAUUUUCUGUAAUCUACAAUAAUUUUUCUACUGAUCGUCAAAGCAGUUGGAGUAACGAGAAUGUGUUAGAGAACGCAUUGAAUAUGUGGAAAGCCAAAAAUAAUAACAAGGACUUCAAGUAUAUGCAUGUGUGGCGAGUUCUUAGAGAGUAUGAGAAAUAUGCUCCACAACCAGUUAGUCAUCAUUCUAGCAAGAAGGCAAGGACAUCCGAAUCAAGGGGGCACACUUCCACAUCAAAUCUGGAUAUGUGUGUUGAUGUGGACGACUGUGAAGUCUGCAUUCGUCCAAUAGAGCAAAAGGCGGCAAAGAAGAAGGGCAAAUCCAAAGUAAGAGAGAGCGACAAAAUGGAACAAAGCAUCAACACAAAUUGGCAAGAUAUUAAAGGAUAUCAAAUGCAAAAAUUAGUUUUGCAGGAAGCCGAGGUCCUUCAUAAGGAUUAUGAAAUUCUUAUGAAGGAUACUAGUGAGAUGACACCCGGACAGCUACGUUUACAUGAGAAAAUAGUUGAAAAAAUUAAUCAGAGAUAUGACUUGGCUCGAUGUAGAUGUGUUUAAAUUGUCUUUAUUAUUGUUAUAAUUUCUGUCUUUUAUUUGAUGUACUCCAACAUUUAUGUAAUAUACUUUUUAAUUAUUAAUGUCACACUAGCAAUUAUAUGGAUUUAA